CUGGAAUUUAGAAUAACCGGUGGAGUGAGAGGAGUGAGAAGCUAUUGGAAGACCAGAGCAUGAUGAAGAUCGUGCAUGCAUAUCAAGUUUUGUUUUUUGGCCCUCUUUGAUCUAUUGGGGAGUUAAGGCAGCUUUUCUUCGCUUGCAUGAAGAUGUUUUUCGUAUUUCUUUGUUCUAUGAAUACGCGACUGUGAUCUUCGCCACCUACCGGAAGAGAGGCAGGCGCCGGCGUUGGAUUUGGGGAAGCUCCGCCGAAGUUCCGGGUGAAGAUAGUGAAGCGAAAGGUGAAGGGUUUCCUCGUGUGGAAGAAGUUUGAGAAGUGGAUCCAGGAAAGGGAAAGUUGUCUUGGUGGCUUUCAAAGUGAGCUAGCAGUUGCUGGGGUUUCUUCGUGUUAUGACUGCUGGUAGCUAGGGUUCGGUGAUUCUCGGUGUUGUGGUGGGAGAUUUGAUCGGCAGGUGGAUUGGAGGUGGAAAGGAUGUCGACGAAGCGAUGCAUGAACGGUGUUUGUGGGGCGGCGGCGGCGGCGGGUGCAGUAUGGAGGAAGGGUUGGCUGCUGAGAUCGGGCGGAUUUGCCACGUUAUGCGAUAAGUGCGGGUUGGCAUAUGAGAAGCUAGUUUUCUGUGAAAGUUUCCACCAAAAGGAGUCUGGAUGGAGGGAAUGUGCUUUUUGUGGCAAGCGUCUACAUUGUGGAUGCAUUGCUUCAAAGUCUAUGCUCGAUCUGCUUGAUGGUGGAGGAGUACAGUGUCUUAUGUGCUUGAAGAAUUAUGGAAAUUCUUCAAUCCCAGGUGAACCCGUUCAUGAUUUGCUGCCUCAGUCCUCUCAAAGAAUUCUUGCACUAUCAGCUAGGUGUUCUAUUAAUGAAAAGAUGAAUGAGUUUGGCACACCACCUGUUAAUGGAUCGUCUGAACUCCAAAUUACCUGCUCUGACCGCAUAAUCACUGAUGAUGCAACUACUAAAUGCAAUCUUAUGCACUUGGGUAGAGACAUAGAUGUCAAUGGGUAUAACACCAUGCUUCUAGCUCAGAGAGAAAGCACCAAUGGAUCUUUUAGUCAUGUUAAAAAAGAGCAAUUUGCAUUCAAUAGAGGAGAUUUAGGACGUUCAGGGUGCUCUGGUAAAGGUCAAGGCACGCUAGGAUUGCCACAAUCUUAUGGAAGUGAUUCUAAAGACGCUUUAAAAGAUUAUCUAAGUAAUCCAUUAGCCGAAGCUUGUCUUAGCAUGAGUUUGGGUGGUUCAAACACAGGCAACAUUUUGGAAGCAUGUUCCAAUGCUGGUGCUCGACAAAUUACACUAUCACACCAUGGCAUAGUUGAUGAUGGAAGGGAUCAAAGCAAAGUUUUAGCUACAUUCCAGAAUGUUCAAAGGGCUCGACAUGUUUUGCCAAAGCUGCCAAAGGCCAUUCAUGGUGUGACUUCAGAUGCAUCAAAGGAGCUUGUUCCACAAAUGCGUGUUGCACGGCCACCUGCUGAAGGAAGGGGAAGGAAUCAGUUACUUCCACGCUACUGGCCAAGGAUCACUGAUCAAGAGUUGCAACAAAUAUCUGGAGAUUCAAACUCGACCAUUGUACCACUUUUUGAGAAGGUCCUAAGUGCCAGUGAUGCUGGGCGGAUUGGUCGUUUAGUUCUCCCUAAAGCAUGUGCAGAGGCAUAUUUCCCUCCAAUUUCUCAACCGGAAGGCAUUCCUUUAAAGAUUCAAGAUGCGAAAGGCAAAGAGUGGCAUUUCCAGUUCAGAUUUUGGCCAAAUAAUAACAGCAGAAUGUACGUGUUAGAGGGUGUCACUCCAUGCAUACAGUCCCUGCAGUUGCAAGCUGGAGAUACUGUGACUUUCAGCCGGAUAGAUCCUGAAGGGAAACUUGUAAUGGGCUUUCGAAAGGCAACUAAUACUGUCCCUCUGCAGGAAGCUCAAAUUUCUGCUUUGGCAACUGGGGCCCUUGGAAGUGAAACUUUCUAUUCAAGUGUUAAUGUGAACCUACUAGUAAGUGGUUACUCUGGACUUCUUCAGUCACUGAAGGGAACUGGAGAUCCCCAGUUGAGCCAUUUUUCUGAAAAUUUGAUUUAUGCUGACGGGGAUGUCUGUUGCAUAAAGACAGAUAAGCAUGGAAGUUGGGCGAAUGAGGGAUUACUGCAGCCUUUACUGACUCCAGAAAAGAGAAGAAGUCGGAACAUUGGUUCUAAAAGCAAGAGAUUGCUUAUAGACGAUGAAGAUGCCAUGGAGCUUAAGCUUUCUUGGGAGGAGGCACAAGAUUUGUUGCGCCCUCCUCCCAGGGUUCAACCAAGCAUUGUCAUCAUUGAGGAUCAAGAAUUUGAGGAAUAUGAGGAACCUCCAGUUCUAGGGAAGAGAACCUUUUUCACUGCUCGGACAUCCGGGGGACAAGAUCAAUGGAUCCAGUGUGAUGAUUGCUUAAAAUGGAGAAGGAUUCCUGUGGAAUUCUUGCCUCCUUCUAAAUGGACAUGCACUGAGAAUACAUGGGAUUUAAAAAGGUCUUCAUGCGCUGUUCCAGAUGAACUGACUGCAAGGGAGGUGCAAGAUCUCCUUAGGCAGCAUGCAGAGCUAAAAAGACAACGUAUCACAAGUUCAAAACAAUCUCCAUCAGAGGCUGAAUCAACUGGCCUUGAUGCCUUGGCCACCGCGGUGGCGCAGGGAGAAGCAGGCAACCAAGCUUCUCCCUCAGCUGCAGCAACCACAAGGCAUCCCCGUCAUCGCCCUGGCUGCACCUGUAUUGUGUGCAUCCAGCCGCCCAGUGGGAAGGGCCCGAAGCACAGCCCUUCCUGCACUUGUAAUGUUUGCAUGACAGUGAAGCGCCGAUUCAAGACCCUCAUGAUGAGGAAGAAGAAACGGCAGUCCGAGCGCGAGGAAGCUGAGGUGAACAAGAAACAAUCUUGGGGCAGCCGGGAAGAACUCGAAGGUACCAGUAGCUCCUUAAAGGAAAGAGAAGGCGACCUUCUCGAGGGACAUAUAGACUUGAACUGCCAACCUCAACGUGAUGCAGAGCAGCGAGUUACUGACUCACCCUCUUUGCCACAGAUGAGCAUGAUGAGCCUUCUUCAGGUAGCUAGUCUUCCACUUGAGAAUUAUCUGAAGCAGAACAGACUUGCAAGCUUGACAACAAGUGACCAGCAGGUGAGCUCCGGCUCAGCCACUGUUCCUCAAGCCCCUAUUGAGAGCGAGAGCGGCGGCGAUGAUGAUCAAUGUGGCUCGGACAAGGUCAGAACUGAUGCAGCUAUUUGACUCUGAAAAUAAUCAGUUUAUCAUGGUUUCUUUCAUGUUACAUAAGUCAAUUUCCUUUUUGCUUUGCUAUCUUCAGGAGUGUUGAGUGAUUUACUUUCUUUAAUGGUUUCUAUUUAUUGUUAUUGUUGUGUCUCACUUAUUGAUAUAGUAGAAGGAGGUUUGUCUCUUGUUUUGAGUUCAUUUUGUACUAAAAUCAGUUGGAAGGUUGAAGUUAGCUUACUGUGAAUUGUUCAUCUAGAGAAACUUAAAUCUCCACCUUUUUCUUA